GCAAGCGUUCCUCGCAUUUUGAAAUAAUUAUCGUUGAAUGUAUAAACAACAAUUGAAUAACUGAAGCCUUCUAAUACACAAUAAUAUAAUAAUUUAUAUCAAUCACGUUAGGUAAUUAAAAUCUUCAUUGUAAUUUUUGUCAUUGAAUCUUGCUACCGAUGUUCCUUCAAUCUGUACGUAGAUAUUGAAAGUCCACAAAUCGAGUGCUUAUCCAUCCAAUGGAAACAAAACAUUAUUAUCUACAGACAACGGUUAUCAUUAUCUGCGCAUAUUUGUUAUCAAACAAAUAUCGGACAAGUAAAUAAUAAGGCAAUUAUUGUUCUAUCAUAUCGACGUCCACCGUAUUUAAUUAAACAUUGCAACCGAUUAUAACUUACCGUUAUAAAAUGGUCAUAGCAUUGUGAUCGCAAGUGUCACAUAGCGUCUCGACACGUGGGACAAAGCCAAGAUGGCCGACGAGAAGCAAGACCCGGUAAUGGCUGAAGAGAAACCUCUGAAUAAACAUCUCAUUAAGUACAAGGAUAGGAAUUUCUCAGACAAAUUAUGGUACAUUCGGCAGAACAUAACAGUGGAACCGCUCCUGGCGGGGCUCAUCAUACCCAGUGUGAUUUCGAGGUUCGCUAUGAGCAAUUUCAACUUGGACAAAGCGUGCCGACUCAAUUUUAAAUUCGAGGACGAAAUUUGCGAUGCCCUAGUUAAAAAGAACAGCAACAACUAUUCAUCGUAUGAACGACAAGUGCAAACUUUGAUAUCGUCUAUUGAUAUUUGGAGAAGCGUGAUCAAUACUGCUCUACCAUGUAUAAUCAUCAUGUUUUUGGGUGCCUGGAGCGAUCGGACGGGAAAAAGGAAGCUCUGUAUAUUGCUGCCCAUUUCGGGGGAAGUUAUGACGUCAGUGAAUAAUAUUGUCAAUGUUUUCUUCUUCUAUGAAAUCCCGCUCGAAGUGACAAUAUUUUUGGAGACGUUCUUUACGGCAGUAACUGGCGGUUGGGUGACGAUGUUUCUCGGUGUCUUCAGUUAUAUUAGUGACAUAACUUCGGAACAAUCGCGGACAUUCAGGGUUGGGUUGGUUAGUUUUUGUAUGACAGCAGGAGUGCCGAUUGGAAUUGCAGUGGGAGGAAUUUUAGUUCAAAAAAUGGGGUAUUAUGUACUGUUUACAUCUACAACUUUCCUGUUCAGUUUAGUGCUUAUGUACGGGUGCUUCUACUUGAAGGAACCUGAUAACUUUCUUGAAGCUAAAGGACUACCUAAAAUCGAACGCAGGUGCAGCGGUGACGUUUCGUUUUUCGACAUAACGCACGUGCUCGACACGAUCGGCGUUGCGUUCCGGCGGCGCGUCGGUGGCACACGGAUUAAAGUGAUCCUUACCCUGGUUGCUGUGUUCAUUAUAUAUGGGCCGGCUAUGUCGGAACACGCCGUGUUUUAUCUAUUCGUCCGGAACCAACUCAACUGGGACAUGGUGAAGUACAGUGUUUUCGCCAGCUACUCCAUAGUUUUGCAUUCUAUAGGUGCAAUGUUUUCAAUAACAAUAUUAAGUAAAAAACUACAAAUCGACGAUUCUCUAUUGUGUCUAAUCGCGAUGUCAAGCAAAUUUGUUGGCGCCAUCUGGACAACGUUCGUGAAAACUGAUAUAGAAAUGAUUUUAAUUCCCAUUGUUGAGUUCUUCUCAUCAGCAAUACUGACAUCACUGCGAUCCAUCAUAUCAAAAUUAGUGGAAAAAGAUGAAACGGCUAAAGUAAAUUCCCUAUUCUCGUUAACGGAGACAUUGGCAUCCCUGGUCUUCCACCCGCUAUACUCCUGGUUAUACAUGAAUACGCUACAGAUUCUGCCUGGAGCUGUCUUCCUGACGAGUGCAGCUUUGAUCAUACCGGCUACUGUGAUUCUUAUGUUUUUCUUUAUCCAGCAUCGAAGAGCUUUGGGUAAUUCUAGAAGGAACGCGUUAGAGGCACAAGAAAAGAAAGACGCAGAGGCUGAGAAGGUUCCAGAAAAAAUACCGAAUAUUAUAAUGCCAUUAGAAUUAGAAAAGACUAAAUUAUAAUUCUAGUUUUAUUUAAUUGGUUAAAAUUUUGCAUAUGGCACUUUAGUUAAUUAAAACUCAAUUUAGCAUAAUUUUAAUUAACGUCCUAAUUAUAAUUUUAAUAGAUAACAAACAGUAAUGUAUUUAUUGUUAUAACAUGAACUAAAUAUGGUCAUAGUUAUCACAAUCUUAAAUGUUUAUUAGCCGCUCGGCUUCUUACGAACUACUAUAAUACGUGAAGCAAAAGCUGUGUAGGUACGCUUUUUU